CUAGUGAACUGACAGGUUAUCGUUAAUUACUAAGCUAUGUAAAUUCUUAUCCUUCUUCCUGUGGCCAAAGUUUGAAAUUCACCGAGUCAACUUUUCCUAUUCUCAUAUUCAAAGACAAUGGGCAUACCGCAUCUAACACGGCACUUGCUCCCAUAUUCGAAAGAUGUCCUGUUGGCAGGAGGGAAACAAAGAGAAGGAGAUGAUAGCAUCCAGUUGGUUGUCAUUGACGGGCCCAGCCUGGUCUACCAUGUUUUUCAACGACUGUUGUCUAAAUCAAACACGAAACUCGAAAUUCUAGAUGCCCAGCCGAGUUGCGAUGAAGUUAGUCUCGGGGUAAUGGUCUUUCUCCUGCAACUGAAGCUCCUCGGUGUGAAUGUGUAAUAAUCAUGUAUGACCCAUACGCAGAAAGUUGAUGGUACUGAUCUAUACCAGGACCAAGAUCUGCUUUGAUGGAGCUUUGCCUAUAACGAAACGAAAGAUAAGAUUUUGUCGACUGGAAAAAUCAAGGAAGAAACUUGAACAAUUUCACUCACAGAACGGGUUGGGGUUUGCAAAACCAGAUGAUUCAGUCGAAGGCAGCACUGUUGAUCCUACAAAAGUUCUACAGAGUCGAGCCACGCCUGUCAAAUACAAUGGCCUCCCUGAAAACCCGUUUAUGGUAUCUACUGUUUUUGAAGACCUGAGAAGAAGAUGGAACAAAGCAAAUAUCCUGACGGCAGUGCAAGACACAUUUUGCUUCAACCACUGUGAGCUUGGAGAACAAGACUUCCCCUGGGCAAGCAUUACUGUAAUGGUCCCGGGGGAGGCAGAUUCCGAGUGUGCUCGCAUGUCGAGGCUUACAGGUGCCGCUGUACUGACCAAUGAUUCAGAUCUUCUUCUUCAUGAUCUUGGAUCUUACGGUUCGGUACUGUUUUUGGAUUCGGUUGAACUUAGUCAAUGGGAUCCAUCUAGACCAACAGAUUCUAAGGUCAGAGCCAGAAGAAUCUGUCCUGCAUCGCUUUCUAGCCAAUUGGGAAUUAGAAGUGUCCGGUAUUUUGCAUAUGAAUUGAGUCAGAAUCCACAAUUUGGUUUAUCGGAGCUCAUUAGGCGAUCGAGAGAUAACUGCAACUUUCUCGAUCUCGAACCUGACUAUCAACAUUUUCUUGAGGAGUAUGACCACGGGAUAAACAACCGAGCGAUAGUCCAACACCCCCAGUGCCUCGACCCAAGAUUAUCAGAAUUAUUCUUGCAGUACGGCACGGGGAAUGCUCAUUUCACUGGGAGCUCUCCGCAUAUGUAUCUUGCUAUUUUAAAUGAAGAUCACUCCAGGAGAUGUGCAUGGGAAGAAGGUCGUACAUACAGAGCUCUCGGCUAUUCGAUCUUCAACUUGUGCCGUCCGUUCGCGGAAAGAUACCAAUUCGUGGAGGAAUACGUUCGGAGAGGUGGGAGAAUAGCCAUAGACAGGAUAACAGUGGAUGAUGAAGGUUGGGUGGCAAACGAGAUGCAUUCCUUUUAUACACGCUUGAGCUUUGCUCAAGCUGCGUUUGGCGAAGAAGUUUCGUCCUCGCGCUUCUGGAGGCUAUUCGCAACGUGUGAGCUAUUUAGGGAUGAAGCGAGCCAUACUGCACCCCUCGAAGUUGAUCGGUUGUGCAGGUUCCUUAGGUUCGGCUAUAUGGGGGAAUCAGUUGACUGGGCAGACGUCCAUCUUUGUGCUCAGAUUACUGCCGUGUUGUACUCAUUAAGGAUCUUGAAACAGCUCCUCGGCCUUGUGACUGUGACUGAAGAGCCUGUGUCGAGUGUGAAGUCUAUAAUUGCAGCUCUCCCACCAUUGCAUGUUAUGAUGAGAUCAAGGCGCGAAAUGAUAAAAGAUUAUCCCGAGGAUUUCUCUGUUGAAAAAGCCCUGCAACGCUUCUCUCUGCUUUCCGGCCAACAUGUGCAAACUGAUGAGGAAAUACGGCCACCAUAUUCCACAUCACAAGAUCAGGAAAGCCCUAAGUUUAGCUGUGUGAAGCAUGUUCAUAGGUCGAAGUCAAACCUAUAUGAGAUCCUCUCUCCAGAGUAAAUAAUGCUGAAACCUCCCUUUGCUUAUUCUUGCAUGACCAGUAGACCAGGACUAUGCUGACCCUGCAGCCUAUAGGUCUUUAAAGAAAAGACACAGAAUUCCUGAAUUUAUCAAUAUUGGCAUUGAUGACCCACAUCUGACAGGGAAUGAGAAUCACGUCAUGAAGUAUGUCCGUUGAUUUUGCAUAUUAUUACUUGUAGUUUACAUUUGAAGUAGACAGCGUAGAUAAUAGAACAAAACAAUUCACCGUGAAGACCUUAGGAACCCUACAACUCCAUGACAGUACCCGACUAAUCCGGAUAAGCGCUCCCUUUCUUGUCCUUGCAACCGACUCCAGUCAGCAAGAGCUUUUCGCAAGUGACCCAAUUCAAUGCCGGAACCAACAACAU